CUUCCCGGUUAAGAUUAGUAAUAAUCGAUAGAAAAAAACAUAAAAAGACUUAAAAUCCAAACUAUCAAAAUAAAUUUUUUUUUAAAAAAAAAAAUGCCAGUUAAAUUAGAUAAUAAUUGUGAUUUAUCAAGACAUGUUAUAAUUCUUACUGGGGCUACUGAUGGCUUCGGUAAAGAUAUGGCAAGAAUUUUAGCUGGUUUUAAUCCAAAAAAAUUGAUUUUACCAGCACGUAAUAAAGAAAAAGGAAAUAAUUUAUUAGAAUAUAUUAAAUCUUCUAACGGACAUGCAAACAAUGUUGAAAUUUGGGAAAUGGAUUUAGCAGAUCUACAAAGUGUAAAAAAUUUUGCUAAUAAAUUCAUCAACGAAAUUGGAGAAUUACAUAUAUUAUUUAAUAAUGCAGGAAUAAUGAUUAAUAAUCAAGUCAUUAAAACGAAGGAUAACUUGGAAUUACAAUUUCAGACAGAUACUAAAUUGAUGAAUGUUAUUGUUGCCAAGGAACUAAGUCAUAUAGUUCAAAACGAAAAUAUUACGACGUAUUCGCUUCAUCCUGGUGUAAUUCAAUCUAACAUAGGUCACAUGAAUAGCGGCAUAUCAAAUUUUUUCUUGGGUUUAUUUGUAAAAAUGUAUGAAAUAACAUCUGAACAAGGUGCCACCAAUACUCUUUAUCCCGUGCUUUCUCCUGAUAAUAAAGAAACUGGAAAAUAUUAUCAUGAAGGUAUUGAAAGGGAACCAAAUAAAAUUGUAGAUGAUCAAGAAGUUACAAAAAAACUAUGGGAUAUUUCCGAACAAAUAUUAAAAGAUCAUGAAAUGAUUUAAAGUUUCAGCUUUUUUUUAACAAUUUCUCGCAUUAUACAGCAACAUUUCUUGAUAAUCAUAUUGUAUUAUUUUUUUUAGUAUUAGUUAAAUAAUUUCUGUUAGAUGUACUGUACUUAUAUUAUGAGAAUAAUCCUAAAUAAA